AUGCCUGAUGAGCCUAAUUUCACCGCCGCACAGCUCACCACAGCACAGAGGAGGACUGCGAAGAAGGCACACGCUAGGUUGCAAGACAUCAUUGACAUUAUCAACCGGCUAGGAGGCAUUGAAAAGUUUCCACCUCAGAGCGCUCGUAGUCAAGCCGGUGCUAGCAACGACAAAAAGGCCGACAACACCAACCAUCAAAACGGCCCCGGCCCCGACAAAAGAGCUGGCAACUCACACCAGCAAUCCAGCCCCGGCGUCAACGCAGGCAACUCUGGAAUGAGCACUACUGACACGUUCAAAGCCCUUGAGAAAAGCGGAUACGACGUCAAACGCUCGAGUCCAGGUACCAACCGCAUUCCACUAAUCGCGUUUGCAGCAGCGCGAACUGGUCGAAUGCUCAAACUAGGUUUGAAAGAAUACAUUGAGAUGUGUGCUGGCAAAUGGAACGCAAUCAUAGUCGAGGAGGUUGGCUGGGGCUCCCUUGGUGGAGAGAGCUCCAUGAUAGAGUUCCUAGUUGCGUUCCUAAAUUGCCCAGUACUUCUCACAAAGGACAAGGACAAGCCCUAUGUCAACAUGGGCAAAACAUUUGUGUUCAUCAUAACGAGCAGUGUGGUUGACACUAUCGAGUCGCACUUCAGAAAUUGGGCCAACUGUCCGCCCACCGGUCUGCCUUUAGACGAAGGGCACGACCCUCUGUCGCCGCCAGACCUGGAUUCGUGGGGGUUCUUGGAGAACCCUGAAAAUGGUCGCAAAGAGGUCGCACUGAUGGGCGAGAUGAGAAAAGUGCUGACGGAGUCCUUAGGAAAGUUGAAGAAUGGCGCCGGACUUGGAAAGAGGAUCUCCCCCUGA